GAGCUGCAGUCUUACGAAGCUUUCAAGACGUUUGAUCGGUGGUGCAGGAGGACAGACCAUUCCAGAAGAUUCUGUCUCAACAAAGCAGUGUCACGUGACCACACGGGGGGGGGUUUAGUUUCUAUGCAUUGCUCAGUUUGACCCAUUUCCUUUGUGAAAACGCUCUAGGCUCUCUACAGGACUGAGACCGUCUGAGAAGGACAGGAAGAAAAGCAGAAGCGAAGAGGGUGAUUUCGAAGCAUUUGUUUCCUGAAGCAGGCGUCAAUCGUGUCCUCACGCUGGGGAAGGCAAAACGGACACGUCUCAGUCCCUCCUGCCCUUUACAUUCUCUAACCUCUCAAGUCCUCCGGAGGAUCCGUCAACAGGCUUCAGUCAUGCACCUGAAAACCAUGAAGUGUAACCCUUUCUGCCUUAUUGCUUCCUUGGAGGAUCCGGAUAUGUUUAACAGACCUGAGCAGAGGGCGAGUUUUGAGGAUCUGUUCCGUGCCUUCGACCGAAACGUCACCUUCCAGUUCUUUAAGAGUUUUCGUCGGGUCAGAAUAAACUUCACCAAUGCUCUGGCUGCUGCAGAGGCAAGAGCAAAACUGCACAAAAGUGACUUCAAUGGCAGGGAAGUGCGACUCUAUUUUGCCCAGUCUGUGCAUAUUGGCAGUCCACACCUUGAACCUCCAAAACCAGAUAAGCAGUUCCUCCUGUCCCCUCCUCCGUCGCCCCCUGUUGGUUGGGAGCAGUCAAAGGAUGCCACACCUGUCAUUAACUAUGACCUUCUGUGUGCUAUUGCCAGACUAGGGCCAGGUGAAAAGUAUGAACUCCAACCAGGAACUCCCACCACUCCCAGCGUGGUUGUUCAUGUUUGUGAUAACAAUCAAGAAAGCUCAGGAAAUGAGGAAGAAAUGGAUGGAGGCAGACGUCCACGUCCAAAAAUCGUCCAGACCCGUCGACCAGAAUACAGUCCCUCUGUCAUGCAGUGAGCCUAGGGAAGCUCUCGUUGUGCCAUAAUCUUUGCUUUACUAUCACAGGACCCUCUGGGGAUCUGUCGUAGCAUGCAGUUGGUCCUCCACACCAUUAGAGGACGCCUUAAGACAGAACCUCAGCUCUGUAGAGAGCGACAUAACGUAUAUGUCCACUAUCUCACAGGGCAAGGGGUUCAUUGCAUGCAUUCAAUGGUAGACUGACUCAUUCUUCUGCAGGCUGGGGGUUUUCAAGAGUGCUUUCAUUGGUAACUGUGGCCAUGGAGAACAUGAGUCUCCAAUUGUGUAGUGUUUUUUUGUAUUUUGGGAAGCAUGUUGAAUCCCAGUCAGUGGGUGUGAUAAUAUGAUUAGUUUAUUUCUUUUAAGUUUAGCUUGAUAUUUUCAGGACCUUAAUUAAUACUUGUGCAAGAUUACUGGAACCUGAAC